AUGGAUACAUCAGUUGCUGAAGAACCCAUUUCGACUUAUGAAGAAGUGUGUUGGAAAUCCAAACCUCACAGAACAAUGACUUACCCCCCACGCCCCCAAUCUCACUACCACCCCCUCCCCGCACCCCGGACUCGCUCCAAAAAAGGCGCUCCCCUCGACCCCGACGACCUCUCCCGCCGUCUCAGAGCCCACCUCGCCCAACAAAAAGCCCUCGCCGACCACCGUCGCUCAGCCCGCUCCUCCACCUCCACCUCCACAGACCCCUACCACCACACCCCCCAAGUCGCCGUCCUCUCCUUCGAACACACAGCCACCGCCGAAAAACUCCGCAACGUACACAAACCCUCCCAGCCCGCGCUGAAAAGUCUAGGCUACAUGACCAUAGACGAAGGGGGCGACGGAAUCGGCGGCUGCGGCUCCGGAUACGUGUAUCAGAAACCCAGCACGCUGUUACAGAAAACGCAAAUUUGCGAUCAUGCCAUGGUCGACCGGACGAAAUUGAGAAAUCGGAAUCAGUAUCAGUGGACGGCGGCGCUGGAGCGCGCGGCGGAAUUGGAUGCGGAGAGGGAUGUGUAUCGAUGUCCGCGGAGAACGUUCAAUUCGGAGGUACCUGUUGUGCAUAAAAGUCGCGCCGUCAUGCGACCCAUGAGUAUGGGGGAUUAUUUGUCGUGGGAAGAAAAGGAGGAGAAGGAGGUGAAGGAAGUGAAGAGGGAGAAGCAUGACAGACAUGAUUGGACGCAACGGGAUGAGAGUGAGGAGACGAGAAGGUCGAUGAAGGGGAUGGUGGGGCCGUUAUUGUCGUUGAAACUUAGGAAGGGGAAGGGGCUCGAGUCGGGCGAGGGGUUAAAGACAAAGUCGCUUGCGAGAUCACCGAGCAGAGUGAGCUUUUUUGGGAGAUUCAAACGUAGUUCUCCUGUUAAUGGUAGUUAA